AUGCUCAACAAGGAGAUGAAGACCGCCACUGCUGCAUCAAAGCGCCCCUUUGCUCAUCCUUUGGAUCAACUCACUGCUGAUGAGAUUGUCCACUCUGCCAACAUUGUUCGUGCUGCCAAGCCUACCAUGGAUUUGAUCUUCAACACCAUCACUCUCAAGGAACCUUCCAAGCCAGUGAUGAUGUCUUACCUUGGUUGGGACAAGUCAUCUCCCCGUGUCACUCACGUUGAGCGUGAAGCAUUGGUGAUUCUUUUGGAGCGUCCUUCCAUGAAGUGCUAUGAAGCCAUCGUUUCCUUGGAUACCGAAUCGGUCAAGUCCUUUGAACACAUCCCUGAUGUGCAGCCUAUUCUCACCAUGGACGAGAUGUUUGAAGUUGAGGAGCUUGUUGUCAAGGAUCCACGUGUUGCCGAAGAAUGCCGUGAAUUGGGUAUCCAUGACAUGUCUCAGGUGUUUGCCGAUCCUUGGGCCAUUGCUCGCCACGUCAACUAUCCUGGUCGUGCUAAGCGUAUGAUGCAAGCUUUCCUUUACAUGCGUACUUGUGAAGAUGACAACCAAUACGCUCAUCCCUUGGAUUUCGUUCCCAUUAUUGAUUUGGGAAAGAUGGAAAUUGUGUCUAUUGAGCGCAUUCGUCCCCGUGACAGCAAGUUCACUCGCCCCACCAUCCCUCAGCAAAACCACAACUUUUUGCCCGAAUUCAUUGGCGAGGAGAAUUUCCGCAAGGAUGUCAAGCCUAUCAUUGUCCAACAGCCUCAAGGCGUCUCUUUCACUGUCAAGGGUAAUGAGAUUGAUUGGCAAAAGUGGAACAUGCGUAUCUCCAUGAACUAUCGUGAAGGUCUCGUUAUCCACAACGUCAGCUAUCAAGAUGGUGCCGAGAAACGCCCUGUCUUUUAUCGUGUCUCCCUUUCUGAAAUGGUGGUUCCUUAUGCUGAUCCUUUCGAGCCUCACUACCGCAAGCAUGCUUUCGAUGUCGGAGAAUAUGGUUUGGGUUUGUGCACCAACUCUUUGACUUUGGGCUGUGAUUGCUUGGGCUCCAUCUACUACUUUGAUGCCUGCUUCAACGAUCACCAAGGCAAGCCUUUCCAUAUGCCCAAUGCCAUCUGCUUGCACGAGGAGGAUGCUGGUGUCUUGUUCAAGCACACUGAUUACCGCAAUGGUCGUGCCCACACUGUUCGUUCCCGCCGCUUGGUGAUUUCUCAAAUUGUCACUGUUGCCAACUACGACUAUGGCUUGUACUACUACUUUUACCAAGAUGGUACCUUUGAAUAUCAAGUCAAGGCUACUGGUGAGCUCAACACCCACGUUAUGGCUGAGGAUGAAACACCUGGUCGCUAUGGUGUCACUGUUGCUCCCCAAAUCAACGCUCAAUUGCAUCAACACUUUUUCACCAUGCGCAUUGAUCCUAUGAUUGAUGGUCCCAACAACUCGGUUGUGCAAGUUGACACCUAUCCUUCGGAAUUCCCUACUGGUCAUCCUCGCAACAUUAUGGGUAAUGGUUUCUAUGCUGAGUACAAGACGCUUAAGGAUACGCAUGAAGGCCAAGCCAACCCUUGCUAUGAGACCGCUCGUUACUGGAAGAUCAUCAACGAGAACCGCAUCCAUCCUUACACCAAGUCUGCUAUGGGCUGGAAGAUUAUGAACCCUGCUGCUAUUCCAUUUAUGCCCAAGCCUGAUUCUUUGGUUGGCUCUCGUGCUCCAUUUGCCCAAAACGCUCUUUGGGUCACUCCUUAUGACGAGAAGCAAAUGUUCGCUGGCGGCUUUUACUGCAACCAAUCCGAUGGCAGCGAUACCUUGUACUCAUGGGCUAACAAGGAACGCCAAAGCAUCCAAAACAAGGACAUUGUCGUUUGGCUCUCAUUUGGUAUCCACCACAUUCCCCGUGUUGAGGACUUCCCUAUCAUGCCUGUCGAACUUGCUGGUUUCAUGCUCAAGCCUGCCAACUUCUUCAUUGCCAACCCUGCCAUGGAUGUGCCUCCUUCCAACAAGGCUAUCAACAAGUCUGUUCACGCUGAUGCCGCACCUUCCUCCUCUUGCUGCUCUGGCACUACCAAGCUGUAA